AUGGAUGCAACUACUGAUCAUAAUACUACCAGUAACUAUAUGAACGUUCCUCCUAACUUCUUGAUAGUGAACCCAAAUAAAGGAAGGAAAAGAGACAUAUUCAAGUACCUGUUGAAGAAAGAUGUGAAGAGUGGAAUGAGUUUCCUGGACAGUUCAGAGGAAGGAGUUAAGGGUGGUGCAGCUGUUGAUCAUAGGUGGAUUUUAUUGGUUUCCAUUAUUAUUCGCAGGGUUCUUGCCCUUAUUGCAACGCCAUUGAAGUACUUUGGUUUUGUCGUUGAUUUCUUUCUCAACCUCCUUUCCCAGAAUGGUGGAUUCUCUGGCAUACUCAACAAUUUUCUCCAUGGCAAACUGAAGAUACCCAUGAGAGGCACAGAACAUUUUAUAAGCACAAUUGGGCACUUAGAUGGGCGAAUAGACUUAUACCGAAGUACAAUCUUGGCAGAGAAAGUAGAUGAUUCCGUUGCUAAUGAUGCGAACAUAAGAUCAGAAUUGGGUAACCGAUAUCUGAUGGACCUUUGUAUUAUGGCAUCUAAGCUUGUUUAUGAGAACGAGAAAGUUGUUAAAAACGUUGUCGACCAUCACUGGAAGAUGCAUUUUCUGGCCUUCUACAACUGCUGGAAUGAAAACCAAAAGGAAAGCAAUACCCAAGUGCUCAUGUUAUCUGACAAGCCUAAAGAUGCCAAUUUGAUAGUGAUCAGCUUUAGAGGAACAGAACCAUUCAAUGCACAGGACUGGAGUACUGAUUUUGAUUUCUCUUGGUAUGAAAUCCCAAAAGUUGGAAAGAUCCAUAUCGGAUUCUUAGAAGCUUUAGGUUUGGGGAAUAGAGGUGAUGCUACUACUUUCCAGACUUACCUUCAGAGGAAACAUACAAAAGGUUUCCUCCAUCUAAACGGGGAUCAUUCAGAAGGUACAAUGAUAGAGUGGGCAAAGAAGAGUGCUUACUAUGCUGUACUGUUGAAGCUGAAGAGUUUACUGAAAGAGCACAAGCAUGCAAAAUUUGUGGUCACUGGACAUAGCUUAGGUGGAGCGCUGGCUAUACUGUUCCCAUCCGUGCUAGUGAUACAGGAGGAGACUGAGAUACUGCAGAGGUUGUUAAAUAUAUACACAUUUGGGCAGCCAAGGAUUGGCGAUGUGCAGCUUGGGAAGUUCAUGGAAUCCUACCUGAAUUAUCCAGUUACUAGAUAUUUCAGGGUUGUUUAUUGCAAUGACAUGGUGCCUAGAGUGCCUUUUGAUGACAAGAUCUUCGCUUUCAAGCAUUUCGGAAAUUGCCUUUACUUUGAUAGCCGCUACUUUGGCCGACUUAUGGAUGAGGAGCCGAACAGAAAUUACUUUGGAUUGAGACAUAUAAUCCCAAUGCGCCUGAAUGCGAUAUGGGAGGUGUUGAGAAGUUUUAUAAUAAGCCAUACACAUGGAGCAGAUUACCAGGAGAGUUGGUUCUGCACAUUUUUCAGGGUCAUGGGACUGGUGCUUCCUGGUGUUGCUGCUCAUAGUCCUAUUGAUUAUGUUAAUUCAGUAAGGCUUGGAAGGGAAAGGGUAGCUCCAUUGGCGUCAUUGAAAAGCUUUGCUCGCAAAUUAUAA